ACAGAGUUACAAAAGUGGGCAGGUACGUUGCCGUGGUCCCAAGUGUAUGUUGCCUCUGUUCACUGUCCCACUAGGCGACCGGACUCUUGUCUUCGCACAUUUUUUCUUCUGGAAGCCAGGAACAGUCCUCCAGAAAUCUCUCGCCGGUCUUUGUCGCGCCCUUCUUCAUGGUGUCUUGCAAGCUUGUCCUGAGCUAAUACAGCACAUGCUAUAUAAGGCCUGGACUAAGGCGGCUGCAACGCCAUGGCAGGUGCAGUCAGCGAACGAAAUAUCCGACUCUGAGAUCUUCGAAGCAUUCAACCGGCUCAUUGAGCUGGGGCCGGUGAACAAACAGCGUUCAUUUUGCUUUCUUAUCGAUGGUCUCGACGAGUUCGAGGAGACAACUCAGUAUGACCACAGGGAUCUUGUUAAACAACUGUGCGAGUGGUCCGAAGUCUCAUCCGGGUACGUCAAGCUUUGUGUUUCCAGCCGUGAGCACAGUAUCUUCAUGAAUACUUUUGCCUCCGAGAGGAGGCUACGGCUCCAUCAGUUGACAUGGCAGGAUAUGAGAGCUUUCAGCGAAGAUAGACUGGCUCAUCUUGCCGAUGUGGAGGCCAGAGAAAGGCUCGUCAGUGGAGUCGUAGAAAAAGCGCAGGGUAUUUUCUUAUGGGUGGCGCUGGUGAUUAGGUCCAUUCGCGAGCAAUGGGAGGACGGUGCCAGCAUUGCUGAGUUGGAGGAUGAACUUAAUUCGCUUCCUGAUGAGCUGAGCGGGCUCUAUGAGUAUAUUCUUAACUCUCUCAGCAAGACGGUGCGACGCAAAUUCUACCACACCUGCGCUAUUCUUCGUCUCGCGAAGACCUACGACAUAUCGUUGACAUUGCUGCGCUAUUCUCUUCUCGAAGAUUAUGAACGAAAUCCCGAAUUUGCCAUGGCUGAGGACUACCCUCAAGAGAACGUCCAGUACAUUACACAAGAGGAGAGGGAAGAGCACGGGGUGAGGCGAUUGAACGGAUUUAAGGGACUUUUGGAGCCGGAUGCCAGAAACAGAGUCGACUUUUGCCACCGGUCUGUGGACGAGUUCCUACAAGAUCCGAACAAAGAGACCUGCAUGGCGCAAUACCUACGUUCUUUCAAUGCGCCGGAUGCAUUUUCCCAGAUAUUGCUUGCUGACUUGCGGCUCGGGGAAGCGCCCAUGAACUGGACGGUGGAACAUGGGUGGUGGGAACGUGGGUAUUCGCUUUCUACCGGGCUCCUUCGUAUGAGAGCGGAGCAUGAGCUCGAUCAGGCCCCCUAUUCAUUUCUGUCCCUCCUCCAUGAUAUCUACGGUCCUUUACCGUGGAAUUUGAUUGACAGUGGAGACCCUCUCACAAUGUACAUGUACAGACAUUCAGAGAUGCGGAGUGAAAUAUGUUGUACCACCCCCUUGUGUCGAGGCGAGGACCCUUCCAAGACGAUGAUCCGUGUGCUAUUGCUUGCACCCAUCUACAUCUUGACCUACCUAGGAUAUCAUGAAUAUCCGGUAUGGAAGAUCUCCCAGGACCAGGACGCAACCGCCACACCUGCAAGGGCCAUCAUCUUAGCAUAUUGUGAUCUGUUCUGCGACUUCAGUGGCAAAUCUUCUACAAGAGUUAAAGGGAUGUCUGUUCUAGAAGCGCUACUGGCGCGCGGCGCUCUAUCCCCCAAUGAUGCAGGACCAUCUAUUCAGCACUUCUAUUUCGAAGCACUUGACCGCGACGGCAGCCACGGCCUUGAACAAAUGAGCCUAUGGCACAAUUUCCUCGCAUCGAUCUAUCUUCAACACAGAUUGCGUCGGCCAGCGAAUAGCAUCUGCUUAUCCCGUCGAGUGCUAAGGUUAAUGCUUCAAUUCAAACCUAGUUUGUAUUUCUCCAUGACCAUGGACAUUAUUGAAAACGAUGGAACUCAUAACUCUUUUGGUGUAACCAUGAAGCUCGGUCACUCUGCAAAGCCGUUCAAGGUCAAGCUCCGACUACGUUGUUCGGGUGACCUAUGUUUCGUAUAUCCAUCAUUCCGGGCGUUCCUCGAACAAUCUCGAAUCAGGGAUAAAGAGGCCCUAAUCCAGAUGUAUGACUCUCAAGUGGAGGAGGAGCGAGCCGCAGGAAAUAUUAUUACCUCAUGAUCACAGGACGGAAGAUAUAGUGGCCACUAUUUCAACAUGUGACGUGAUUCAAGUAUAUUUGUUUGUCGUUGUCUACGACGGUUUUGGCUGCUGUUGGGUUUGUAAAUUUUGUCUCUACGGAAAGACCAUAUCCAAACAUCUCGACGGAGAAAGGCAACGAAAAAUAAAGACUGCUGAUCUUCAUAACGUCCAGCUUUUGGUGGGGAACUAAGACCCCACAAGAGAGAUAGUUGAUAAAAUCAUCUGUUGUAGUUAUUCCCACUCCAGUCACAAAAUGGCCCCCAUAUUUUAUCUAACCGCUUCUAUCCUACAACCUACUACCUACCUAGG